CAUUGGGAGCUUGCAGGAACAGGAGGACACACUGCAGCUUCUGCCGUCUCUCUCUCUCAUUCCGGUCAUGAGAGCCGUCCUCCUUGUGGUCGCCGUCACCUUGGGCCUUGCCGGUGGCCAGAACCAGGCUCUGAUGGACUACCUGGAGCACCGGCUGCUGGCUAUCGAGGAGCACAUCUCUGUGUGGCAGGAGGAGGCCAGUCACUACGCCUCCGAGCUGCGAGACUUCCAGCACCAGAUGUUAGGUUUGGCCCAAGGUCUGAGGAAGCAGAAAGACGACUUGCGAGCCAGUCUGUCCACUGUGGGCUCCCGCCUGGACCGCAUCGAGCGGGAGAUGGACUACGUGGAGAACCAGAACCCUCCACAGCCUUGUGUGGACACUGACGAACAGCUGGCUGAGCAGCCGGAGCCCAUGGGGCAGGAGGGGGAUCAAACCAGGCCCACAGAGCUGUCAGACUGCACGGACAUGAUCUUCAGCAUCAAGGCUAUGAAGAUCCUGAAGAGGUCAGGCAGCUCCAAGGGUGUGUGGACCAAAGAUGCUGGAUCUCGGUCGGGGAAGGUCUACGUCUUGGAUGACGCUGCCGAGGACACCCUUUACGAGUUUGACUCCUUCCGGCACUUGAGUACCUCCUUCAGGUUCACCCAUGGCGUGCCGGUCAAGCUGCCCUCUCCCUGGAGUGGCACAGGGUAUACGGUCUACAAUGCCCAUGUCUACUAUGUUCAGGAAGGGAGGGCCUUCCAGGUGGUCAAGUACAACCUGCAGAAUGGCUCAAUAGUCGAGAGCGCCGUGUUCCCAGUUGAGAACCCCGUGCCAGUAUACGGCCUCACCCCCAGCACCUACAUUGACCUGGCAGCCGAUGGCACAGGUCUGUGGGUCCUCUAUGCUAACCGCAGGAGUGACCGUAACAUCUGCCUGGCCAAAAUGGACCCUGAUACGCUGGAUAUCGAAGAGAUGUGGGACACGCCAUGUCCCAGAGCAAAUGCGGAAGCCGCCUUCAUCGUGUGCGGCACGGUCUAUGUGGUGUACAACACAAAGGUGCCCAGCCGGUCGCGAGUGCAGUGCGUCUUCGACGUCGACGACAUGAUCCCCAAUGACAUGGCUCCGCUGCUCUACUUACCCCGGCGCUACAGCUCUCACUCAAGCCUUAAAUACCACCCGUUGGAACAGCAGAUCUACGCCUGGGACGAUGGCUACCAGGUCCUGUACAAGCUCAUCAUGAAGAACAAGCUAGAGGUGUGAGCGUCCCCUAGAGGCCGUUGUUAAAAGUCAACGAUCUCUCAAGAAGCAUUUAUAGACAUUGCAACUCCACUCAGCUGGCCAAG